AUGCCGGGCUUGCCAGAGAUUUUUCUGCCGGAUGUUUGUUCAACCUCGGAGGCCACCAGCCCUUCAAGGACCUCGUCGGGCCGUUCCAGCGGAAGCCACCGCGGCUUCCGGUGGAAGGCUCUCGAGUGGCAGGCGACUGCGUCGGAGAGCGAAGGUGAUCUACCAGAGAGCGAGGCAUCCAGAGAAGCUUCCAGGCGCACGAUGCAACGACCUGAGGAUUGGACUGAAACAGGGGUCCAGCAGCCGAACUAG